AUGUCCGAUCAACCAUGUUCAUUAACAAGUUUAAACCGUCAGUUGCUUACACUGGAUGGUUUAUGCAUAAUCGAUAGUGCAAACGAAGAGCAACAAGUAGCUGCAACACUGAUUCAAAUUCAGCUUUCAAACAAUGAAAAGUAUAUGUCAAACUAUACACCAUCUGUAUCCAUCGUUAAUACAACUUCGGAUGGAAAUCGAGAAUCAGAUGAAGAGAAAUCAACAGGUGUUCCCACGAAUCAACAGUCCGUCGCACUAUCAGAGUCAAUUUGUGAAAAAAUGAACGAAUAUUAUGAAUUUCAAACAGAAUUAUCAACAGGAAUAAUACUUAUGAGUGAUGCAUUAUUGUCAGUGGUAAUAAUCAACAAUAACGAACAAAAUUUGAUUGAAAGUCUUGAUAUUCAAGAUCAACCGUCAGUUUAUCAACACAAACGCAGUGCACGAGAAAUAGAAAAAGGCGCUGCGUAUAUACAAGGUGUAUCAAAACAAAACGGAAAUAAAAAAACUCAGCGUAAUCCAAAAACACUAAUCAAAGAAGAGUGGAGGCAAAUGUAUGAUGCACAAUUGUAUAUGCAAGUUCAAUUGUGUAAAUUUAAUGGUGAAAAACAUCCUUAUCCGUUAUGUCCACCACAAGUCAAGAUUGAUCAAUAUUCGCAUGAAAUAAAUCAGAAAAUUCAAAAUACAAAAAACAGACAGAUCCCUAUAAAUAUUGAAAAUCAUGAUGAAGUAUAUUGCGCAGAAACAAACUCAAUUCUAUAUCCAAUAACGGAUUCGGAUUUUAAAUGUCAAUCAAAGAGGUAUGCAAGUGUUUAUUAG